AUGGCAACGGAGACAAUGGCAGCAUCGGUGAUUUUGGAUGAGAUCAAGGUGGAGCCACAACCGCGAUGGGAUGUAGAGACCAACAAGAUCAUUGGCAUUGCACAUGAGGAUGCUGACAAGAUUGGGCUGGCGCUAUUGUCCAUUGAGGAGGUGAACGUGCUUUGCAAGGCGGUGAAGGAUGGGACAGUGAGGCUAGCAGUUGAGGCAACCGUGGCAGCCAUUGGGCUUCUAAAAGGCAAUGCCUGUUCAUACACCGCCUGCCCUAUUUUCAUCUCAGGCACGUGCAAGACUGAAGAUGCGGUUACUCACACGGAGCUCAUUCAAACAAUAAUCAAUGCCUGCAACACUGAGUCUUCGAAUAUACCUGGUCAAUUAUAUAGCAUUGCUUCAGACAGCGAGGUGCGACAUGGCGCUUUGCUGGCAAUACUCAUGUACAAAAAACAACUAUUCUCUUUGUUGGACAUCUACAAGUACAUUGGUCCAUUGCAACUCCUGAACAAGCUUGUGGGCAACAGCAAUGUCACAUCAAACAAGGACCCACGGCACACAUUUAAGCAUUGUUGUAUGGCGAUCAUCUGCAAGAAGGGUAUUGCUAUCUUUAGUUUUGUCGUCUCAUCAGACACAAUCAGUGGGCACUUGCAUUCUGAAGGCCUUGCACUGGACACAGCACAUUUGUGGCUGAACCCCAACAACAAACAAGAUGUCAGCCUUGCCCUAAACCUGCUCCAGGUGGUUCAUCCCAAAGGUGGCUCUAACUUCAUGUCCAAAGUUCUCUAUCAAGAUCAUCAAAUAAUGAUCAAGAACGUGUUCUUCUGCAUUGCAAAAGCCAAAGUUGACAAGCUAUGUGCCAUAGGCGAAGAGCUCUCUUCAAAAGAUGAUCAUAUUAACCCUGUGUCUUGGCUUGGUGACGUGAACCUCAAGGGUGUCCUUCCUGUCACUGCAUGGAAUGAAGGCCGGAGUGUCAUUGAGAAGGCAUACACCGAUUACUUGGCUCGCAAGUGUUUUGCUUGUUUGGAGACUUCAAAUGGUAACUUCUUGGUCCCCAAUGGUCGGCAGCUCCUUGGCCAACUGGACCCUGACAACCUGGAGACCGUGGAUCCAGAACUUGGUGAAGAUGACACUGAGCCAGACGCCGAGCCAAUCCCUCUUACCCUCAACAUCUCAUUUGAUGACUUAGACAUCAAGGAUCAUAUUGCCAUAGAGGAAGGGGACCGUCAGGUCUCAUCAUUUACUUCCUACCUCAAGAUUGAAGGGAAACAUGUUUACAAGGCACAAGCCCUUCGCUCCACAGAUCAAUUGGGCCGAGUUGCUGGCCUCACAUGUUUCACCAUGACCUCGGACUCUGAUACCAGCAUUGUUAGCAUGUUGUCCGUUUUUGGCAGAGACCACUUGUUCAUUGGCGAGCCUCUGUCAACAUUGGUCCAAUCAGACUCAUGUCUCUUUCUCGCGCUGGUGGAAAUCACGUCCAUUCAGUACCAAGGGGUUAGACUGCACAAGAUACCAGCUAGUGCACUGCUUGCGGAAAGUAUGAUGAUUACCUCACAGAUACUUGCACUCCAUGAGCGGUCGCUUGAAGCCACCGGCGAGACUGGCAAAGAUUGGGAGUGGACUGGUCUCAUGGGAAAGACCCUCAAAGUGGCGCCUGGCCAUAUUUUCCAUGAAGUCAACCUGACUAUGUCUAUGGAAGUGCCCUUUUGCAAUGUCUUCUACUUUGCCACUGUUGAUCUCCAGUCCCUCACUACCACCCUCCACAACCACAUCUCUGAGUCACUGAGUCCCUUCUCCCGCCUUCCCUCUAUUGCAGCAACUGUUGCCUACCUGUACCGAUCUCAAGGCCAUGCUGCAUUUGCAUGUGAUAUUGGCAGCAAGACGGAAUCGUAUGCCAAGGCCGACAAUGUCGACUUCUGCAACCACUGCUGGCCUGUGUUCAAACUUGACCACAGCAAUGGCCCUCACCUGCUCAAACAUAUGGGCAGCCAUAUCUUAUGUGACAACUUGCUUGAUGGCAGUGAGGGUAUCCCGGUUGCAUUCAACUACCAAAUGGCAGCAACAGCUGGCAACUCAACACCUUGCACCAACGUGCCCAUGCCAUGCUCUACCUGUGCAGCUACUUGGCCAGCUGAAGUUGUCAAGCUGGUGGUCUGGCACUACUCAAUGGUGGCCUACAUCCAUACUCAGCAUGUGACCUCCUCUCUCGCCCCUCCACUCCUCACUUCUUUCCAGAUCUCCAAGGAUGAGUGCGGCAUGGUGCACAAGCUCAUCCAGAGCAAGGGAUUUGCCAAGGCUCAGCGCUCACGCAAGGUAUAUCAAGCUCCCAAGCUCCGUGUGUCCGAUGCCCACUGUGCCUCUCAAAUCACAAUGCUAGCGGAGGAAUUGGAGGAAGCGGAGGAUGAUGCAGAAGUGCCAGUGGACCCAGAGGCAGGUGACAAUAAUUGUCUGCCAAUGCCUGUUGUUGACAACAAGACAGGUGCGCCAGUUGACAAUGCAACUGCUGACAUGCUUGGUGAAGAUGAUGGGACAGCACUGGACGGCCCCAAGUUUGUCGACAACACUGUUGUCUCUCAUGCUGGCAGGAAGAGUUGCAAACAUGACAUUGGUGCCCUGCUACGGGUAUGCAAAUAUGACAUGGAGAUCACGCAGAAGGAGAAGGACAAUGGUGUUGCCAUCAAGUGCAGUGAUUCGUACUGCGACACAAAAUGGGAUAGGGGCCACUUGGUAGUAUUAUUAUGUAGAUAA